AUGGGUACUCACAGAGAGAUCAAGAUCCCGACACAGGUCCCGAUCACAGGAACAUUCAAGGUCCAGGCGUUGCCGGCUGAAACUGCCGCAAAGGCUUCCGAGAUUCUUCAAAGUAACCAUAACAACUAUCACAUCUAUAUUCAUGAUCUAGGCCUCCAUAAUCAUAUUCUUCAUCAUAUACUAGCUAUCUAUGCGUUAGGAGGGACAAGUGCACAGCUCGAUCAGGCGUACAAGCUUGCAAUGGAUUCGCAACGCCCAACCCGACGACCAGAUCCUCAGCGAGUAUCAGACUUUCAAGAUCCGGCAAAGUUCAAACAGUGCCUUGGGCAAGGUAAGUAUUACGACGACUAUUUCGCCUUUUUCCAAAAUGAAAUUGGUGAGAAUGGGGUACCCAAUACCGUCAACAAGUAUCUUUUCAGCGGUGAUGAGACAGCGGAGGACAUGCUGUGCCGGUUUUUCAGCGGAUUUCUCCACUCGCCCAUUCACCUAGGGUAUGCUGUCGAGUUCGACCAGCCGCUCAUCAUGGCUGAAGCAUUGGCACUGACAGCGGUCCAUGAUUCCUAUUUUGGUGAUGUCUUGACAGAUGUUGAGACUGCAGUGCGGACAUCAGAUGGCAAUGACAGCCUCAUUAAUCUGCAGCGGGAAAUAUACUCCAACAGUAAACUUCGAGAGGCAAUGAAAUAUGAACAUGGGGUUUUCCAGAUCCGUGACGGGCUACUGGCAGAUGCGAAAGACGAAUUUUUGCAAGUAGUUGGUAGCUGGAAGGUAACACCGGAAGACUUGCAGGAGAAGACUGCUGAAUGUCUUAACUCAACUGUUUACUGGACAUCUCUCGCACAGCGACGCGAGAAACAAAUUCGGUUCGACUUUUUCCUGAUGCAUUCAAUCACAGCAGGGUCGCUUUGGCCGGUGAUCAACAGUGCCCCAUGGAUCUCUGCCGAGUCGAAAUGCCGGCUAUUGGAAUGGAAAGGCCGAGCCGAUCUGAUUCUAUACUGCCAGACAGGAGCGCCGUGCCCGAGGCCCGAAGAGCUAGUCGCUUACCGGCCACAAGUUUCAUCUGGAUGGGAUGAGAUCUUCCGUCGAGCCUGCGAGUAUGAAGAUGAUGGCCAUUUAGCUAAACUGAUCCGCGGGGUCGCCACGGCCGCUCAACUGAGCAACGAAUAUGCCCAUAAAGCAGACUUUGUCAUCAAGAGCGACGAGGAGUUCCUCAAGAUUGCGCACAUGAUCAUUGACUCGGCCGAACAAUUCAACCAAGAGUCAGUAGAGCAGGAGAGAGAGAUGAUAUGUGCCAAAUACAAACAUGCAAACUGGAUGUCCAACGAGAUUCAACGAGUGACCGCGCGCUGGCCUCGACAUGUGGGAUUUGAACAGGCCUGGUUCCAUGUUCCCGCCAGGAAGUCGAAUGGGUUGGCGCAUCUUUAA